GUCUGAGUAUCAGGAAAUACGGUGUGGACGCAGCCAGGGUUUAACAAAACGAUCAUUUCGAGGGCGACGCGUUCGCAGAACAAAGGCCUGCCUCAUAGAACGUUAGCUCUAAGUGGGACAACUAAAGAAGGUGCUAACCAUAUCUGGUGAGAAUGCCAGCAAAGAUGUCACAAAUCGUUCCCUGGAUACUGGCGGCUGUGUGGACGACGUUACUGUUGUCUAAGCAUCAAACACAGGCAGUUUUGUUACCCACAGACGGCUUAGAAGUCGACGAAUGGCCGUUAGUGCCGGAGGGCGAAAAGAGGUUGUUUCUGCACGGUGGGAAGAGGUUAUACGAAUCCAAUGGCGACGAUAAAAGGCUUUUUCUUCACGGCUCAGGUAAACGGGUAGAUCCAGAUUCCUUCUUCAGUCUCGUGAUGUCAAAUCGCCCAAAAGAGGGCGUUGUAAAAGCCUUGGACGGGGACAGCCGAGAGAGAAACUUGGAAUGGCUGCACGGCCGAGCUCUCCCGACCCACGCGCGGUUGAUAAAAAGGGAAUUUUUACAUGGUCGUCUCGGCAGACGAUAGACGCAUCAAGCCAUCAUUACAGUUUCGUCGAUAUAAUUGCACUUCAAGAUCUCACAAAACCCCCCGAAACUUUCAAAACCCACAUUCGUUUUAAUAUUUAAUACGUUUUAAAACGUUUUUUCACUGCACUAUAUCCUAGCGCCAAUUAUUGUUCGUUUUGUUUACCAAAAUGUGGUUUGGCCGAGGUUGACGUUCUAGUCGAAAAGGAACUCUGUCACUACAAAUGGCCACCUUUUCAUAAUUGGUGGUGUUUUGAAUUAUUUAAAAAGCCUUUCCGUUAAUACUCAUUCUCUUUAAGUAUUAACAAGUUAGAAAUAAUGUAAUAACGUUUUUAUUGGACGCCUGUUAGAAAGGUAUUUAGGUAAAACGUCACCUUUACCAAAUAAAUAAGAAU